AUGCUUACCAAAACCGCCUCUGUUAAAAGCGCUGUUCAUCUUCUCCUUUUCUCUGUUGCUCUUGGUGGAGGAGUGAUGCACUCAUAUAUUGUUUCUCCAAUUGCCUUUAAGUAUUUGAAAAGGGAGGAGUUCAGUAACUUGCAGAACAAGGUAUUUCCAAUCUACUUUGCAGGUCAAACUGCAAUUCCUAUAUUGAUAGGUUUGUCAUCACCAUUGAUCUCCAGUCCUUCCAAGUAUUUUUUGGCUGCGUCUGCGUUUACUGGUCUUUUGAACCUUGUGUGGGUCUUGCCCAAGUGCAAAAGCAUCAAAGAAGCAAGAAACAAACUAGUUUCUGAAAAGAAGCAUGAAAUUACUAUUGAAGGCGAAACUAAGGUCACAGAAGAAAUGGCCGCAUUGAACAAACAAUUUGGAAUGUACCAUGGGUUUUCAUCAUUGUUCAAUUUAGUAUCUUUAGUCACUCUUGGCGCGUACGGAGUCGCUUUCCUGAAGGCAAUCUUGGUUUGA